UCUCCCGACAUUCAAGCGUGCAUGCUGACUGCGCAUGCGCAGAACACCAGGAGGCUCAGCUUCUCCAGCGCGCGCUGUAAUCGCCAUAACUGGACCCGAGGAUAGCUACGGUUAGGGCUCGCGGAGCGACCAGCUCUUCCCAACACACCACAGCGACUAACCAGGAGGCAGAGGGCAAACGCGCUUCCUCAGAGACGUGUGCAGUCGCCCACCACGUCUUUCAAAUGCCUGUAGCUGGGUGAAUCAGGAUGGGAGACAAGCCGAUCUGGGAACAAAUAGGAUCCAGCUUUGUUCAGCAUUACUAUCAGCUGUUUGACACAGACAGAACUCAGCUUGGAUCAAUAUAUAUUGAUGCAUCAUGCCUUACGUGGGAAGGGCAACAAUUUCAGGGAAAAGCAGCGAUCGUCGAGAAACUCUCUAGCCUGCCCUUCACAAAAAUAGCCCACAGCAUAACAGCACAAGAUCACCAGCCCACUCCUGACAGCUGCAUAAUGAGUAUGGUAGUAGGACAACUAAAAGCAGAUGAUGAUCCCAUCAUGGGGUUCCAUCAGAGCUUCAUCCUGAAGAACAUUAAUGAUGCGUGGGUGUGCACCAACGACAUGUUUCGCCUAGCAAUCCACAACUUUGGCUAAACAGCACCACAACUGUUGUGGGAAAUGGGGGAAGGUGGAGAACAGGGCACAUUGCCUCCAGUGAUGCCUGAACCUCAGUCUGCCCUUCAUUCAUCUUUGAGAUUCAGCACCGGAUUCCAAGAAGUCAAGUCACAGAUAACACCCAGGCACAUAGUAGCGCCUCUGCUCCAGACAGGAGAAGCGUUUCUUUGCUGAAAGCCCACAGAUCCAUCAAAGCGACCCUUUCCCCCUUUGCUGAUGUGCAUGAUGAUGGCGAGCUCGAAUAUCAGAAGACACUGACUUGGGGAAAAAAGACAUAUUAACAUAACUUCUGCCAGUUACUACUAUUUACAUUUUAGUUUUUGAGUUUGACUAUGAAUUAAUAACUGUCUUAACUGCCUUUCUUUGCUUUCGUACUUAAUGUGUUCUCUGCUUGCUUUUAGAGUUUGCUUCUUGGCACUUUUUUCUUCUUCCUUUUUCCCUUUUGAACAUUGGAGCCUCCCUUCAUUGUGAUGUCAGGUUGCUCUAGCUAUCCAAAGAAACGUUAUACACCCCCCAAAUCCCCCCACACCUUCAAACCAGUGUGCUUCUCACCUUCUGCUCUGUGACAAUAAUUACCAAGCCACAAGACACAAUAAAACCUUUUGACUUUUUCUUAA